AUGAUGGAUUUAACAUUUUUAGAUAAUUUUCUUAAGCUACAUUCACCUAAUAAAACUCUCAAAAAAUUUAAAAAUUACUUAGAAACUCAAGAAGAUAAAAAAGCAAGUGAUUUAUCAAGAAAAGAUGAAAGUACCUCUACAGAUAAAGAAUCUGAAGACAAUAUACAGAUUUCUGAGGAGUAUCAGGAUGUAUAUGAUGAAUUCACUUUGUUUAAACAUGCAUUAAAUGAAAAUGUUAAUUAUAUAAAUGAGAAUCUUGAUGAAAAGCUAGCAAACUAUAUAUUAGACUAUCAAAAAAUAAAAGAGAUCUAUGAAGAUGAUCAACUUAGAAGAUGGUAUUACUUAUCAUUAUUGAAAGUAUAUCAGCUUAGUUUAGUUGAUAAAGGAAUUGGCAAACAUUGGCAUAUGAUUUAUAUUAAAGAUAAAGCUUCAAAGAAGCAAAUGAAGUUAUCUCGAUAA